GAAAAGAAAAAUCAUAUCAAAAUGUCGAGCCAAAGGAAGUUCUUCGUGAUCGGGAACUGGAAGAUGAACGUGGACAAAGCCCGGAUCGACAACAUCGUCAAGUUCAUGUCGGCGGCCUCGUUGGACCCCAACACAGAGGCCGUGGUUGGCUGCCCUUCCUGCUACCUGUCCUACGCCCGCCAGAGACUCCCUGACGAGAUCGCUGUCGCCGCUCAGAACUGUUACAAGGUUGCCCACGGUAACUUCAGUGGCGAGAUUUCUCCCGCCAUGAUCCUGGACUCGGGCUGCGAGUGGGUCAUCCUGGGUCACCCUGAGCGAAGGACCAUCUUCAAGGAGUCAGACCAACUCAUCGCCGAGAAGGUCGCGCACGCGCAGCAGACUGGCAUCAAGAUAAUCGCGUGUCUGUGCGAGACGUCGGAGGACCGCGAGGAGGGUCGCACGGACGACGUCCUGUUCGGCCAGAUGAAGUCCCUCGCCGCCAGCAUCAGCGACUGGUCGCGUGUGGUGAUCGCCUUCGAGGCUCUGUGGGCCAGCAAUACCGGCGUCCUGGCCACAGCUGCGCAGGUACAGGAGGCCUUGGCCAAGCUGCGACACUGGCUGCGCGCCAACGUGAGCGACAAGGUGGCCAACAGCACCAGAAUCCUGUACGCAGGUUCCGUUUCGUCGAGCAACUGUCGAGAGCUGGCUCAGCUGGAGGACCUGGACGGCUUCCUGGUGGGGAGCGCGGCCCUCAGACCCGACAUCGUCGACAUCAUCAACGCCGACGACCCGACGUGUCCAGCCUCAUUGCGCACUUCGACCGACCCGACGGCCGACGCGCCUGACGCGGGCGCAGGAGGUAAAAGCUCAAUCAUAAAGAAGAGCAAGAUGCACUGCACGAGUAUGUACGAAAUGGAAAUUGAUGAACAAAUGGAAAAUGAAAUAGUAUACGAAAACACAAAGAGGACGAAGGACUGGUUUAAUCGUGUAAAACAGCUGACCGUAAGACAAAUAGCAAGUGUAUCCCGGGCCAUAGGAGUGUGCUUGAUGUUUCUGCCUGAAAGGAUGUUUCUGGAAGGGAUAAACGCCUUGCCAGAUGCCACACCUGCCCGAAGUGGAACGACUGACACGCCUCUCGGAAAUCCAGUCUUCAAACCGGAUGACGUCACGGAAACCGAGUCACCAGAUCCAAUUCAUUCACGAAGGAACACAAACCGAUGA